AUGAAGUGGGUUUUGUGCCUGAUGGCUGCAGGUCUUUACCUGGGUUUGCAAAGCCAUGUGGAUGCUGAACCACGUUUGAGCAGAAGUGCCAUUGAAAAAGCUGUGACUGAAGCCAAGGCCACAGUGGACUCAGCCUAUGAGUACUCCAGAAGAGAGAGCAUUGAACGUGUGAGGAGGAACUCAGCGAGUCCUUCAGACGUUCUGCGGUUGCUGAAGCAGCCUGCUGGGUUUACUCGUGUUGCUGUGCGGGCUGCUGACUACAUGGAUAAUGCUGUGAAACUGAUCAAGAGGUCUUUGGAAAGACAUCAAAAACGCUCCAUCAAUACCACAGACCUGAUCUCUGAGGAGGACCUGCAGGCCAUUGCUGACCUGACCGGCUGCUCUGCCCGACAUCGUGUCCCUUCUUGCAAGACGACUCCCAAUUUAGACAAGUUUCGCACUAUAAGCAGCGUCUGCAACAACAGAAAAAACAGCCGCCAGGGAUCCUCCAACACACCUUUCACCCGCUGGCUCCCUGCUGAGUACCAGGAUGGAAUCUCUCUGCCUAAAGGCUGGGACCCUAGACGGAAAGUCAACAGACGAAUCCUUCCUUUGGUAAGAGCAGUGUCCAACCGUAUUCUGCGCACAGCAAACUCUCAAGUGGAGAGCGACCCGCUCUACACUCACCUGGUGACAAUCUUCGGCCAGUGGACGGACCACGACCUGACCUUCACCCCUCACUCUCCCGUCAUCCGCUCCUUCAGUAACGGCAUUGACUGUGACAAGAGCUGUGAGCGCACAGAGCCCUGCUUCCCCAUUGAGAUUCCCAGGCAAGACCCCCGCUUUGGCAGAAACUCAGAAGAGUGCAUACCCUUCUUCCGCUCAGCAGCAGCUUGUGGUUCUGGCAACACAGGCCACAUCUUUGGCGCGAGCAAUGUCCGCCAGCAGAUGAACUCCCUCACAGCUUUCAUCGAUGUAGGUCAAGUGUACGGUGCAGAAGAUACCAAAGCUAUGUUCCUGCGGGACCUUUCCUCAGAUAAGGGCCUGUUGAAGGUCAACACAAUGUUCACUGACAACGGCCGUGAGCUCCUGCCCUUCACCAACAUGAGUGCCAACAUGUGCGCCACACGAGCCCGCAUCACUAAUGACGUUGAUGUUGAGGAGGUGCCCUGCUUCCUUGCUGGUGAUGAGCGAUCCAAUGAGAACAUCGGCCUGACCUCUUUACACACACUGAUGCUGCGCGAGCACAACCGACUGGCACGUGCUCUGGCCGAACUCAAUCCUCACUGGGAUGGAGAGAGACUCUACCAGGAGGCUCGAAAGAUCAUGGGAGGAUACUUCCAGGUUCUCACUUUCAGAGACUAUUUACUCCACAUUGUUGGUCCAGACGUCAUUGCCAAGCAGCUGUCCACCUACCCUGGCUAUGAUGAAAACGUGGACCCCAGCAUCUCCAAUGUGUUUGCCACAGCUGCCUACCGCUUUGCCCAUCUGAUGGUUCAGCCUUUCAUGUUUCGUCUUGAUGAGAAGUACCAUGAGCACCGUCAUUUCCCCAGCCCACUGCUGCACAAGGCCUUCUUCACACCAUGGAGGAUUGUCUUUGAGGGUGGUUUGGACCCAAUCCUGAGAGGGCUGGUGGGUCGCAAGGCCAAGCUGAACACGCAGGAUCACAUGAUGACUGAUGAGCUGAGGGAACGGCUGUUUGAAUUCUCCACUGAGUUGGCGCUGGAUCUGGCCUCUCUCAACAUGCAGCGAGGCAGAGACCACGGACUCCCUGGCUACAACAAAUGGCGCAAGUUCUGUGGGCUGUCACAACCACGAAAUCAGAAACAGCUGGCAAAAGUGCUGAAAAAUGGUCAACUGGCCAAGAGAUUGCUGGACCUCUACGGCAAUCCUGACAACAUCGACGUGUGGCUGGGAGGAGUGGCUGAGCCGUUUGUCCCUGGAGGAAGAGUGGGACCCCUGUUUGCUUGCCUGAUUGCCACUCAGUUCCAGAGGAUCCGCCAGGGAGACCGACUUUGGUGGGAGAACGAGGGAGUCUUCACUGAGGCCCAGAGGGAGUCCCUGAAGCAGACGUCACUUUCCCACAUCAUCUGUGACAACACUGGCAUCACUGAAGUACCAGAGCAGCCCUUCCAGUACAUGACCAGCUCCAAUUACAUUAAAUGUACCGACAUCCCGGCCUUUGACCUCAGUCCAUGGAAGGAGAAUAUUGACUAG